AUGGCUGCUAGUUCAGUCUCUGGUGAGAAAGGUGCCCUUGUGAAGGCGAAGAAGGACGUAAUUAUUGAUGUCAUAGAAACGAGACACAACACGUCUUCGUCAGAUAGAGGUUUUUUUAGUUCCUCAAAAGAUGUAACAUCGUAUUCCACUGUUUCAACAUCGAGUAUCUCUUCCUCGUCUGGAAGUGUAUCGAUUGAAUCAGAAGAGGGAAAGAUCAGUGCGACAGCCACAGAAAUUCAGGCAGCCAAAAACAUAGCGAUCUCAGCGAAGGAAGAUGUUGUUAUCCAAGACAAAGUGACUGUUCGAGAAGAAGAGCAUGUGAGGAGCAACUGGUUCAGAACAAAGAGAACAAGACAAAGAACAGAAGAGCAGCAUUACUCCUCAUUAAAUGCUGGUGGAUCACUUACUAUUUUAUCCAGAGAUUCUAAUGUGGCCAUGAUCGGGACUGAUUGUUCGGUCAGUGGCGACAUGAUGCUUCAAGCCGCUGGUACUGUCUUAUUUAAGGACAGGAUACUGUCAAAAUCAAAGGAGGUUCAGUCAAGUGGAUUUUCAUUCUCCCUAGAAAAUGGUCUAUCGUUUGGGGAGAAAUCCGAACGAAUGAUGCAGCAGCGUUUAGCUGGGCGCACCAUGAAAGUUGGUCGCAACUUGUCGAUUUCAGCGCAAAACUUUGACGUGAAAAAUGCAAUGGGUAUGGAUGUUGGAAACAUGCUUAUCGAUACCGAGAACGUUAACUUCGAAGGAGCAGAAUUGAAUAAUUCGUAUUCUUGCAAAGAAUGGUCGGUGGGAAUUGGAAUUCAGUCACCGGGUACAGUGAAUGUAACCAUGACAAAUGCUUCCUCAAAACAGAAGCAAAUCGUCAAUCAAGGCACCACUGUUCGAGGAAGAACUCAUUUCCUCUCGGUGCAAAAUGUAAAUUUGACUGCAUGUAACCUAGAAACUGGUGCAAUCACUGGGAACAUUGAGAAUUUCCAUGUCAUUUCCAAGCAGAGUGAAAUAGAAGCGUUCGAGAAGACAACAAGUGUUGGCUUUGCCAUUGGUCCUAGAUUUCCUGUUCCCGAAAAGUUCGGUUACAGCGAGAGUUCAGACGUUGGGAAGUUUGUAGAAAAGGCAAGCGGCAUCCAUUGUAGUGGACCAAUAAAAGAAGAAGAGUUCAAAGUCGGUUCUCUAAACCUCAAAGGUUCAUCAGUUACGGCUGAUGCAGAUAUUGGAAAUUUUGCAAAGAAAAUUAUCUCGGAAAAAGUUUCCAGCUACCGAUCACAGUCCUCUUUCGGAUUCUCCUUAGGUGUCAAUAAAACAGGAGUAGACUUGGGGCUGAGUACGAGCAAGAAAUCAAUGGCCAUGGAACACCAGGGAACUAUAGCAUCCUCUUCAGGAAUUGUUUCCAAAGAAAUAAAGAGGUCCGUUAAUACAGACUUUGGCAAACAUGCAAGGAUCACCGAUCAGCGCAAGUCGGCAUUUGGAUUAAACCUUAGAAUAGCGAAAGACGGUGUGGGUGCAGGGCUUCAGGUAAAUGAUACAGGAGUAGGAUUUUUUGCUUCAAAAGAAAAAAUAGGAGGUCACGCGCAGUGUGGAGAUUACGGCUUUGCUCUAUCAGGCGGUACGUCAGGGGUUUCAGGAUCUCUGCAAAAUGGCGAGAACACCAUCGAUCUUGGCUUCUCAAAGGAGCAGCUUGAUAUCAAUGUCAAGUCCAAAGACAGUGCUAUUGGUACAUCAUUUGGGAAAAGAGAGAUAUCUGGAUCUGUCCAACAUAAAAACUUUGCAAUGGGCGGCUCCCUCUCUAAAGAAUCGAAAUCAAUUCAAAUGAGUGCAGGAGAAUUUAAUGCUGGCCUAUUCAGAGGAAAAAACUCGGCGACUGGAGAAAAAACUACCCGCGCAGCCGUUAAAGUCGCAGAUUUUGGAAUUUCUGGAUCGACAUCCGAGCAUUGCAAAGCACUUGACCUCACAGCUGGUGAUUUAAAGACUGGAUUUAAGCGAGAGAAAAACAGCGAGACAGGCGAAAAGGCGACUUCUGCAACUGUUCAAGUCGCAGAUGUUAAACUUGCUGGUUCAACAUCCAACCAUUCAAAAUCGGUCAACUUUGCAGCUGGUGAUGUAAAGACUGGAUUUAAGCAAGAGAAAAACAGCCAGACAGGCGACAAGACGACUUCCGCAACAGUUCAAGUAGCAAAUGUUAAACUUUCUGGUUCAACAUCAAAGCAUUCAAAAUCGCUCGACUUUGCAGCUGGUGACGUGAAGACUGGAUUUAAGCGAGAGAAAAACAGCGAGACAGGCGAAAAGACGACUUCCGCAACUGUUCAAGUCGCAGAUGUUAAACUUGCUGGUUCAACAUCGAAGCAUUCAAAAUCGCUCGACUUUGCAGCUGGUGAUGUGAAGACUGGAUUUAAGCAAGAGAAAAACAGCGAAAAAGGCGAAAAGACGACUUCCGCAACUUUUCAAGACGCAGAUGUUAAACUUGCUGGUUCAACAUCUAACCAUUCAAAAUCGGUCCACUUUGCAGCUGGUGAUCUGAAGACUGGAUUUAAGCAAGAGAAAAACAGCGAAACAGGCGAAAAGACGACUUCUGCAACUAUUCAAGUCGCAGAUGUUAAACUUGCUGGUUCAACAUCGAAGCAUUCAAAAUCGGUCGACUUUGCAGCUGGUGACGUGAAGACUGGAUUUAAGCAAGAGAAAAACAGCGAGACAGGCGAAAAGGCGACUUCCGCAACUAUUCAAGUCGCAGAUGUUAAACUUGCUUGUUCAACAUCGAAGCAUUCAAAAUCGGUCGACUUAGCAGCUGGUGACGUGAAGACUGGAUUUAAGCAAGAGAAAAACAGCGAGACAGUCGAAAAGGCGACUUCCGCAACUUUUCAAGUCGCAGAUGUUAAACUUGCUGGUUCAACUUCGAAGCAUUCAAAAUCGCUCGACUUUGCAGCUGGUGACGUGAAGACUGGAGUUAAGCAAGAGAUAUACAGCCACACAGGCGAAAAGGCGACUUCCGCAACUGUUCAAGUCGCAGAUGUUAAACUUGCUGGUUCAACAUCGAAGCAUUCAAAAUCGCUCGACUUUGCAGGUGGCGACCUGAAGACUGGAUUUAAGCAAGAGAAAAUCAGCGAGACAGGCGAAAAGACGACUUCCGCAACUGUUCAAGUCGGAGAUAUUAAACUUGCUGGUUCAACAUCCCAGCAUUCAAAAUCGCUCGACUUUGCAGCUGGUGAUGUGAAGACUGCAUUUAAGAAAGAGAGAGACAGCGAGAUAGGCGACAAGACGACUUCCGCAACUGUUCAAGUCGCAGAUGUUAAACUUGCUGGUUCAAGAUCAAAGCAUUCACAAUCGCUCGACUUUGCAGCUGGUGAUGUGAAGACUGGAUUUAAGAUAGAGAAAAACAGGGAGAUAGGUGACAAGACGACUUCCGCAACUGUUCAAGUCGCGGAUGUUAAACUUGCUGGUUCAACAUCCAAGCAUUCAAAAUCGCUCGACUUUGCAGCUGGUGACGUGAAGACUGGAUUUAAGCAAGAGAAAAACAGCGAGACAGGCGAAAAGACGGUUUCCGCAACUGUUCAAGUCGCAGAUGUUAAUCUUGCUGGUUCAACAUCCAAGCAUUCAAAAUCGCUCGACUUUGCAGCUGGUGACGUGAAGACUGGAGUUAAGCGAAAGAAAAACAGCGAGACAGGCGAAAAGACGACUUCCGCGACUUUUUAA